UCAGCCAAAUUGUUUACUUUUCUGACGCAGUCGGUCAGUGUUAGACAGAAACAAACCAGCUGAGGGGCAUUUUAUCGGUUUUGUUUCGGUGUUUUAACCGUUACGACGUUUAUCUAUCAGCGUUCUUCAUCUUCAACCACAAUACCCGGAAGUGUUUUGAGUUUUUUGAGGAUAAAACGCUUCAUUUUAAUCAGGGAGAGUGAAAACCAACAUGUCCGCCCACCGACAGGCGUUCCCCUCGCCUUCCUCUCCGUUCCCUCCCGGAGUCGUGGAGGGUUUCGUGGGUGUGGACCGUGAGAGCAGCCCGCCGCCAGACAUGGAGACCCUGAGACUGUUCGUUAACGAGCGGCUGGCGGCGGCGGUGGACGAAAUCCUGGGGGAGCUGGGGAAGACUGUGGCCCGUUACCGGGAGCAGAUAGACCGCCAGCGGCGACAGCUGGACCGCCUGAGGUCCGAGGAGGGCGAGCGGAACCAGACGGCAGACCGUCUGCGGACUUCCUCCUGGAUAAAACCUGAUGAUCGGAUCCUGAGUGUCCAGCUGGACCAGACUAACAUGGGCGCCUCGCCUGCUCAGAUUAAAACAGAAGUUGGCAGCGAGGAAUGUGCAGUUUCAGAACCAAACGGGGACUUUGAUCCAGCUGGGGGUUCGGAAGCAGCGAGCAAUGGCCGCCUCCUCGCCGAGUCCUCUGAGACCGAAGACAGUGGAGACUACUGGAGAGAGACCGCAGGCCUUUGGAAACCAGAGGAGAUGGAAGAAGAAGGACAAAGUUCAUCUCAGAGCAGGACUGAUCUGUCGCAAGACCAUCAGCCUCCACCGAUGUUCAGCUGUAAAGUUUGUGGCGAGUCCUUUCAGAGGAUUAAUUUUCUACUCAAACACGCAUCGGCACAUUUGAGAGACUGCAGCCUGUGCGGGAAACGUCUGGAGCAAACGGAGAACCUGAAGCUUCACCUCAGAGUUCACAAGGAGUCGUCGUUCCGCUGCAGCGUCUGCGGUCAGAGCUUCACCCUGCGGGGGAACCUGAGGACGCACAUGAGGAUCCACUCGGGCGAGCGGCCGUACGGGUGCACCGUCUGCGGAAAGAGCUUCGGCAGGAGGGCGACGCUGGUGCGGCACGUCCGCAGCCACACGGGCGAGAAGCCGUUCACCUGCGUGUACUGCGGCCGCGGCUUCGUGGAGAAGGGCAACCUGACGGUGCACCUGCGGACGCACACCGGCGAGAGGCCGUACUGGUGCUCCAACUGCGACAGACACUUCAGCCAGCUGUCCUGCUUCCACAAACACCCCUGUCAGAGGAGAGGCCUGACCAGGUGAAGACGAUGACGGGGACUCUGUGGCAUCGCAACGCUAACGUCCUUCAAGAGCUGUGAGGACGGAUGAUGAGUUUCACCGGUAAAAACCCUCUUAUUCUGAACGCAAAGUGAUGGUGAGGGACUUUUAUCUGGUUCUGAACCAGCCUCAGUUUAGUCCUGAUCCUCUAUCAGACCUCCAUCAGUACAGAGACCAUCAGAGAGAAGAUGGUCUGUUUCUA